AUGUCAGAACCAUUAUUUAUCAAUCCACAAAUCCGCAAGUAUGAAUCAUUUGUAAAUGAUCGACUCCGAAAAGAUUUAGAAAAAGUAUUGGAAGAGCGAGACAAGCUCUAUGAACAAAUUGCACAACUCCUUCAGUUGCGAAAUCAGAUCCAUGUAAUCCAGAAGCAGUCUCAGGGAGAAAUGAAGACCAUGAUGGAUGUUGGAUGCGAUUUCUUCAUGAAAGCUCGAAUACCAGAUACUAGCAAGAUUAUUUUAAAUGUCGGAUCAAACAUUUUUGUUGAGAUGCCACUUGAUGAUGCCAUCAAGUUUCUAGAAAAAAAAGAAAAAACACUAGAAGGACAAACAGAAAAGUGGACAAAUAGGGCAUCGGAAAUUCGUGCACAUAUUAAACUGGUUCUCAAGGCCAUUUCAGAGUUGCUACAAUUAUCUGAAUGA